AUGGUACAAUCAAUGGCAGAGUUGUCAACUCACGAGUCAUCUGAUGAGGACACUGGUGGUGCUGGACUGGAUCAAAUGGAAAACACUCACAUACCAGUACCAGUACAAGUUGUAAAGACAAACAAUGUUGCCAACAACAAUAGAAUUCCAUCAUCCAAUCUCCAAGGAAUACAAGUUGAACAAGAGUUGGAGGAUGAGUCCUUCGACUGGAAGACAGAGAACUGGAAGAACUCACAUCGUGAGUACUAUGCAUUCAAUCAUCCAUAUCAGCCCUCAGACACCUACGAGGACACAGAGUACUUCAAUUCCUACUCCAAAGUUAACAUCCACAAUGAGAUGGUGUUUGAUAAAAGGAGAACAGCGGCAUAUUAUCACGCUAUAAUGAAGAGUAGAGAGUUGUUCAAGGAUAAGGUUGUCAUGGAUGUGGGCUGUGGUACUGGAUUGUUGUCUUGCUUCUGUGCAAUGGCAGGUGCAAAGAGAGUGUAUGCUGUCGAGGGCUCUGACAUGGCCUACAACACAGAGUUAAUAGUACAGCGCAAUAACCUUCAGGACAAAGUACACGUGUACAAGGGUAAAGUUGAGCACAUUGCCUUUCCCGAGUAUGUGGACAUCAUUGUCUCUGAGUGGAUGGGUGCCUUCCUCAUCUUUGAGUCAAUGCUCGAGUCUGUAAUCUAUGCCAGGGAUCAUCUAUUGAAGCCUAAUGGAGUAUUGUUCCCAUCAAAGGCAUGUCUAUACGUGGCGCCAGUCAGAAUUGAUGAGUUCAUUCAUCCAAGGAUUGAUUGUUGGCAUGAUGUCUAUGGCUUGGACAUGUCACCAUUGAUACCAUUCGCUCAACAGGAUUUAUUGAACAAGUCAAUCAGAGACCAUUAUAUGCAUACAUCGAAUGUACUUGAUACACCAUUUAUCAUCAGAUAUUUGGACCUUGCGACGAUAACGACAGAGGAGCUGUCGAGAACUGUACUUAACUUCAAGUUCACAUUACCCAACGGUUCAUUCCACGGCUUUGGAACAUGGUUCUCAGUCUGGUUCGAGGGUCUGGACGACGAGGAGAUGGACCAUGUACUCUACCACAUUGAUGAUAGGGGUCAGCUGGCCAAGAAACCAGUUGGCGGUGACCUGAGCCGUCUGUCGCCUCAACCAUUCGAGUUGACCAAGAGCACUUUGGAGCUGUCCACAGCGCCAUCUGCAGGAUGUACACAUUGGCGACAGGUGAUAUUCCCAUUCGAACAGCCAAGGAACAUUGUACAAUCUACUUCAUCACAUGAUUCGUCAUCAUCGUCCACGGCAGCGGCUACAGUGACAGGCACGAUGCGUGUCAGCCAACAUCAAACCUAUCGACGUCAUUGGUGGAUCGAGUUCUCAUCCACUCAGACUGUCAACUCGGUGCGUACACAGGCCUAUCAGAAC